GCUUCAGCUGGUCCCUGCGGCCCGAGCCUCUGCCUGUUGCCUCAACCUCUGUCUAUCACAGGCCCACAGCAGUAGGACUUACAAACAGCAGCUAUUUAUUGAUGUAAAUUCAUAUUAGAAAGCUAGAAGUUGUUUCCUUGCCAUUCAUAUACUACACUGAAUUAAAAAAAAAAAUCUAACAGUUAAUUGCAUACAUAAUUUUUCCCCACACUAGAGUACAAACUCCCCCUUCUCUGAAUCUGAUGCCCAGCGUGAACAAACGGUGGUGGCUGACCUGUGUCUGCUCAACAACAGAGAGAGUCUGAGUAGUGGAGCCAGGACCCAGACAAUGAGAGAGAGGAAAUGUUUAACCAUUGCCAUGGUAAACAUGGCAGGGAGGUUGUGUCAGUGUAUGGUAGUGACUGGGCAACUAAACACAACAAAGGUCAUCUGUGAGACAGUGAAUGACCCUUCUGCUGCACCUUUUUCUCACUCAUAGCCCAUAAACUCCCAACUUCUGGUUUUGGAACAAACAUGAAAUUAAAGAAAAUGCAUUUUAAGAUAAAUGACUGUUUGCCUGUGCAGCCUGGGCUCACACUCAUCCUGAGUCUUUCAGGUUGAACCAAUAAUCAUCUCUGGACCAGCGCAUGGAGACUUUUGUGUUCACGUUAUUGGCGCCUUGUUAAAAGAAGCGGUUUUAUGUUUUCAGCCUCUGGGGAAAAAAUCCACUUAGAAUUCACAAUGAUUUAAAAUAAAACCUUCCUAACUGUGGUUGGUGGUUUAUCCAUGUGGCUGCUGCUGCGCGGGCUCGACGCUCUGAUGAGAUAACAGGCCGCAGCUGUGCCCACUCCCGUCGCGCCGCGGACAAACAAGAUGUUUGAGGUGGAGACAGAGGACUGCCUGCGCCGUGGAGACUUGUCUCACCUGGUUUCUGUGCUCCGUUCUGAAGGCCUGACCAAAGGCACCCUCGCCAGGCUGCACCAGCUGGUUACCAAGGAGCUGCACAGGUCUGGUUCCAGCAGAGUCCUGGUGGUGCUGACAUCUUUACGGAGUCUGUCACAGAACAGAGAGGAACUGCAGAGCUUCAUCGACCAUGGGCUGAUUGCUAAGGUGCUACUGUGGUUUAAUGCAGUCUAUGACCAGCUGACCUCUGAACUCGUUAAAAGCUCCACCCCCCUUGUGAGCCUGACUGAGGAGUUCUUUAGCUACUUCCUGACUUCCUGUAACUGCCCAUCUGUCCAUCAGCUGCUGGGUCAAGCUUCACUCCCAGUCAGCCAGCUGUCUGUGCUCCUCCUCCACUUGGCUCAGGUUGCUGUGCAGACAGGAAUCCACUUUCCACUGAGACUGGAGGCCAUCAGAACCUUCAACAGCAUCCUGGGUUCUCUGAGCCACAAGCAGAGGAGACUGAUCCAGAACAACAAGAACCAGAGCGAAACACUAUCCCCUAUGGCAGCAGCAGUUCUGACAGCUGGAGACUAUGAGCUGCAGGUCAGCCUUACAGAGGCGCUGUGUCUUCUGACACCUGGGAAGAAGCGAGAGGAGCGAGCCAAUCAGUGGUUCUCCAGCCCUGACAUCAGCAACGCCUUCUGUGACAUCAAAGACAGAACCUUUGAGGGGGACUGCAGAUAUUUCCUAAACAUUGUUAACAGUUGCCAUGGAGACCAGAGGAGGGUCUACACCUUGCCAUGUCUCACAGCAUUUCUGGACUCCACUCAGCUGUUUCGACCAGAAGACGACACUCUGGAUGAGUUCUGGAUCGAUUUUAACCUCGGCUCAGGAUGUGUGAGCUUCUUUAUUGAUGAGCCUGAGGGUUUCCUGUGGGACUCCAUCCACCUGCUGAGGGAGGAGGUGGAUUAUUACAGUCUCCAGAUGAAAGAUGACGGGUCUACCGGGUCACAGACGGUCCUCAGCGUCCAAUUGAACAACCCUAUCAGAUGCAACAACACCAGAGGUCAGACAGUGGAGCUGAGCUUCAGCUACGAACAUCAGAGGGAGCUGGAGGAGGCUGCUGCCAGAGUCUUCAUGAAAGUAAAGAGCUCCCCCCAUGCUGAAGACACGGGUGGUGCAGUCUGGGCCACCCCCUCUGCAGACAAACACACUGGUCGAUCCUACAGCAAGAACAAACCAGAGAGCCAGAGGCAUAACAAUACGUUGGCGUCGUUUCGCUGUCCAGUUCAGCAUCUGUCCUUAUCGGGCAGCGAGGUCAACAACUCAAGGAUUGAGGCAGCUUCCUCACUCCUCGAUCAUCAGAGCUCUGGGACACCCCUCAUGAUGACUGAGCUGAACGACUCCCAUGUUGAGCAGGGAUCAAGGACCGAUCAAAUAAGGGAACUGGGAUGCUCCCUGAAGGUCGUCAGGUCUGACAGGAAGAGAGUGGCUCCAGAUGCAGAGUCUGCACUGAGGCCUGAGGACGAGCCGGGGGCGGAGCCAGAGUCAGACCUGACCUUGGGCAUCACAGCUGCCUUUGAACGCUUCAGAGAACAACUACACUUUACUGGCUGCUGGCAGAAAGUUAAAAACGAUGUCCUGCUGUGUCUGAGAGACUAUCAACAACAUGUCUCAUCACUGCUCACACAUGUCCACUGGGACAGGCUGUUGCUGCUGCAGAGGUUUGAGAACAGCAUCACUGAUCAAAUGAACCAACUGGAAGAAAGUUCAACCAACCUGAACUCCAUCAACACCCAGAUAAGCUUUUUCCAGUCUGAGAUUCAGCAACUCGGCUCCUUCUGUGAAAAACACCUGCAGAGGUUGAAGUCUUUGGAGAAUGCAGAGCUGGGGAACCAGUCCAGCCACUGAAGGAGGUGAAGAGCUCGUCCAGUCAGAAGAGACUUGUAUUUGUUUAAACUUUGUGAUCCAAAUUGUCAGUCCGAGUUCUUAUCUGUUAAGAGGAGAAAAUAGUGAUCAGAUUCAGAACCAGACCCAAAGUACAGCUGUAAACAGUGUUUGAUAGAUCACCAUCAUUCACCAAACUCCAAAUUUUUUUUCAUGUUAACAGUUUUUUUUUCUCUGACGACCAGAGAAAUAAAUAUUUAAAGAA